GUUUGGAAGUGCGGCGGACGGCUGGGCCUUCAGGCUGGACCAGUUCGCGGAGAUGUACGCUGAGAAGCUGGGUUGCAAGCCCGAGGCGCUCGUGCGGGGGCUGUGGGGCGACUGGGCGUACAGCCCCAAGGACAAGCGCGUUGUCCGCUCCUCCCGGCGAGGUGGUGGCGGCAGCGGCGGCAGCAAGUUGAAGCCCAUGUUCGUGCAGUUCGCGCUGGAGCCCAUCUGGAAGGCCUACAGCGUGUGCGAUGCGGGCGAGGACGUGGCGGGGGUGCUGGGCCCCAUCGUGCGGUCGCGGGGGCUGGGGCCGCUGCUGGCGCCGCGGGCACUGGAGCACCCCGACCCGCGGCAGGCGCUAAGGUCCGUGCUGCGCGCCUGGCUGCCUCUGUCGGAGGCGGUGCUGGGUAUGGCGGCUGCCCGGCUGCCCAGCCCGCCCGCAGCCGCACCCAGCCGCGCGCCCAGGCUGCUGGGGGGCCCGCCGGGGGGGCCGCCGCCGCCGGGUAUGCCGGAGGUGGCGGCGAGGGAGCUGGCGAGGGUGGAGUCCUGCAUCGCCCGCAGCGACUCCUCCCCCUCCGCCCCGCUGGUCAUCUACGUGAGCAAGAUGGUGGCGGUGCCGCGGGGGCUGCUGCCCAGAGGGGUGGGCGGCGGAGGCGCGGGAGAGGGGUCGGCGCAGGGCGCUGCGGGCGGGGCGGAUGAGGA